AUCGUCUUCUUUCUCCGUUUUGAGCACGCCUCCGAUUAUAAAUUGGGGAGCCAGGCCGAGCCCAAACCAGAGUCAGAUCCCAUCUUUGCUCUCACCUGAUCAAACCCAUUUAGAGCGAGAAGAAGAAGAGGAAAGAAGGAGAAGAGGAGAAUGUCGGGAAUCAUCCACAAGAUCGAAGAGACCCUCCACAUGGGAGGAGGAGGCCACAAGGAAGGCGAGCACAAGGAGAAAGAGCACAAGGGCGACCACCAUGACAAGGAGCACAAGGAGGGCUUCUCCGACAAGAUCAAGGACCAGAUUCACGGCGGCGACCACCACCACGACAAGGAGGGUCACGAGAAGAAGGACAAGAAGAAGAAGAAGGAGAAGAAGCACGAGCACGGCCACGAGCACGGCCAUGACAGCAGCAGCAGCGACAGCGACUGAAGCCCCCCGACUCACAGUCAGGCGACCGGCACCGGAUAGGAGCGAGGGCGUGCCGGCUGACUUCGUCCUUCUCGUAUACUCGUAUCAUAUUAGAGGAAAAAGAAAAUAGCGAUAGGAGUUUUGUAUUUGCUGCUUCGCUUUUAGUCCGAUGGCAUGCUGGACGUGCAUCUUAUGUAACUACUAAUGUAUUUCUGAAAAUAAAAUGAUUUUCAUUAACAUUCU